AUGGGAGGAGCAGAGGAAGAGGAGGAGCUGUCUUUUACACCGACACUGCAUGUGGAUCCAGUGUGGUGUGACAGCUGUCACCGUAUCUCUGCCAUUCCUCAAACGACAGUCGGCGUCUGCAGGAGGAUGCAGAGUGUGGUCCGGGCUGGCUGUAGGCUGUCCUCCGCUGUCAUAUACGGGAGAGCUGGAUCUAUUCGGCCCGGCAGCUUCUGUACCUCUGCCGCUGGAAUUUGGGCGACCCCUAGUGGACAUGACACGGGAAUACAGGUGUACAACAGCCUGAGCAGGAAGAAGGAAGCGCUCAUACUGCACACAGCGGCUCUAGCAACAUGGUAUAGCUGUGGGCCUACAGUUUAUGAUCACGCUCAUCUUGGACAUGCAUGCUCUUAUGUUCGAUUUGACAUCAUUCGGAGGAUUUUGACCCAGUUUUUUGGCAUCAAUGUUGUCAUGGUGAUGGUGAUAACAGAUAUUGAUGAUAAGAUAAUCAAGAGAUCUAAAGAGCUUAAUGUGUCGCCUGUGUCUCUAGCUCGAACUUAUGAACAGGAGUUUAAACAUGACAUGAUUGCAUUGAAGGUACUCCCUCCCACAAUAUACAUGAGAGUUACUGAAAAUAUUCCAGAGAUUAUAUCUUUUAUUCAGAGAAUUAUUUCCAAUGGUCAUGCAUAUUCUACGUCACAAGGAAAUGUUUACUUUGAUGUGCAGUCGGUUGGAGGAAGAUAUGGGAAGUUUAUUGGUACUUUUUCAGAUAUAAACUCUGAACCAGCUGACAAUGACAAGAUGUCUGCCAGAGAUUUUGCCUUGUGGAAGUCUGCUAAACCUGAGGAGCCUUUCUGGGUUUCUCCAUGGGGCAAAGGAAGACCUGGUUGGCACAUUGAAUGUUCCACAGUUGCGAGUUCUGUGUUUGGAAAACAGCUUGACAUUCACACUGGUGGGAUUGAUCUAGCCUUUCCUCAUCAUGAAAAUGAGAUUGCUCAGUGUGAGGCAUAUCACCAGUGUGAACAGUGGGGGAACUAUUUUCUUCAUAGUGGACAUUUACAUCUGAAAGGAAAUGAGGAGAAAAUGUCAAAGUCUUUGAAAAACUACAUCACAGUGAAGGAUUACCUGAAAUCCUAUUCAGCAGAAGAGUUCCGCAUGUUUUGCUUGCGCUCUAAAUAUAAAUCAGCUGUAGAGUACACCCAGGAUUCCAUAAACGAAGCAAGAAGCACCCUUAAGAUCAUUUCUUCAUUUAUUGAUGAUGCCAAGGCAUAUGUAAAAGGCCAGCUCACUUGUCAGCCGAUUCAGGAGGAUAUACUCUGGCACAGCCUGAAUGAAACAAAAGUGAGUGUUAAGGCAGCACUUGCAGAUGACUUUGACACCCUGCGAGCUGUUGAUGCCGUUAUGGACCUCAUUCACCAUGGUAACCGACAGCUUAAGACUGUUUCCAAGGGAUUUCAGCAUGCCCGUAGUCCACUUGUUUAUGGUGCUAUGGUGACUUAUAUAGAGCAGUUUCUGGAGCAAUUGGGAAUUUCUGUGGAGCAAAAGCAGUUGGCAGCAGAAGACAAAGGUUCUGCCCUUCUUUACAAUGUGGUGGAUGAGAUUGUAGAGUUCAGAAGCAAGGUGCGUAACUAUGCCUUGUCAGCGGAAGAGAUGGGACAAGAUUUGGGUCUUACAAAAGAAGAUAUUAACCAGAGUAAGGAGAGAAGGAAAAGCAUUCUGAAAGAACGGGAGCCACUCAUGCGUGCCUGUGAUACUAUGCGCCAGAAUCUAGCUGGAUAUGGUAUAAAUAUUAAGGACCGAGGAAAUUCUUCUACAUGGGAGCUGCAACAUAAAAAUACGGACGAGUAA